AUGAUGUGGUUCCUGCUCCUGUUUCUUCACAUCGCUCACGUUGAGCUGGUGAUCUCACAAGCUGAGGACAAACUGAUUCUAAAAAACAAAGGAGGCUACCCAUGUGAAGGCUACCUUGAAGUCUACCAUAACAACAAAUGGGGUUAUGUUGGGGAUACACACUGGAGCAACAACACUGAAAAAGUGGUUUGUAAGAGCACUCACUGUGGGGAACCUGUGGAGAACUCAGUAACAGAUAUUCCCAAGCCUUCUGAAGACAGACCGAUCUGGCUCAAUGAACUGGAGUGCAAAGGACACGAGAGCGCUCUGUGGAAAUGUAAACAUCCUGGUUGGAACUACAGCGAUUACUCAAAGGUCACAGUGAAAAAACUUAAGUGUUCAAGUAAUAUCACAUUAAGCCUGGAUGGACCCAAAUGUGCUGGAGCUGUCCAGUACUCUGUUGAUGGCAUAACUCAGGGUUACUUUUGUAACAACAACAUUGGUGAAAAAGAAGCCAGGCUUCUGUGUAAAUAUCUCGGUGUGCGAAUGGCAAUGAUGAUUCAGCAUCAUGCAAAACUUUCUCUGUCAUAUGUGAAGCUGGAGAAAGAAGAAAAUAACAACUGGGUACCUGUUCAACAGGACAACUUUGAUUUUGAUGUGUGCCAGCAAAUGCACUGCGGUAACUCUCUCAGCCCAAACAAAAACCUUAAUGUGACAUGCACAGAUAAAGUUAAAGUAGUUCUGAAGGACUCUGAUAAAGACAGCAAGUGCUAUGGUACAGUUAAUAUUGAAGUGAAAGGUUCAGUUAAUCCUGUGUGUGCCUCCACCUGGACUAAAGAGGAAGCUGAAUUGGUCUGCAAGGAGCUUGGAUGUGGGGAACUGAUUUAUACUAAAGUCGAACGUCAAAAUUCAAGAGGGAUAAUGGACCAUGUGAGGUGCAAAGGCAGCGAGUCCUCACUGUGGCACUGUCAUUCUCAGCAUGGCAAGAACAUCCAGUGUUCAAACCAACCUUAUGUGGUGUGUUCAGGCAGUGUGGAGGUGAAACUGGCAGAUGGUCCUGGAAGAUGUUUCCUGUAA